AUGUCUUCUGCUAAUCUCAUGUCUCGCACUCCCUCAACUGCAACGCCUACAUGGCAACAGUUUGAGCGGAAAGUUGACGAGGUGAAGCCAUCCAAAACUGAUAUCAACUACCUCGUUAUGGACUACCUGAUCACCAAUGGAUACCCGGCUGCAGCCAAGAAGUUCGCGGUCGAGGCCAACAUUCAACUUCGUGCCGAUGAAGCCAUACAAGAACGAGUGGAAAUUCGGACCGCGAUUCACUCUGGGAAUAUCCAGCUAGCCAUUGAAAAGAUCAAUGAGCUGAACCCUGAGAUAUUGGACGGAGAAGCUUCACUCCACUUUGCGUUGUUGCGUCUCCAGCUGAUAGAGCUUAUCCGUACCUGCAUCUCUACUCCAAAUGGCGAUAUCAGUCCUGCCCUGGAUUUCGCGCAGUCGCAGCUGGCUCCCCGUGCCACUACCAAGCCGGAUUUCCUCACCGAUUUGGAGCGCACGCUUGCCCUCUUGAUUUUCCCAAGCGAUAAUCUUUCCCCUACACUUGCAUCUCUUCUAGACCCAAGCCUUCGUAAAGAGAUUGCCACUCGCGUCAACGAGGCAAUUCUGGUCAAAGAAUGUGCCCAGAAGGAGGCUCGUUUGCGAAACUUAGUGAAGCUCCGAGUUUUCGCAGAGACCAAGGCUCGAGCGGCUAAGAAGGACAUUCCGGACCGAUUAGACAUCGGUCUUGUCAGCGAUUCCCAUGAUAACACCAAGAAUCGCAGCAGUAACAGUAAUGAACUCAACAGUGAAGCCCAUAAUGGUAAUGGUGAUACCGUCAUGACCAAUACCGCCGAUGUUGAUCUCAUGGUUUCGUGA